GUCUGAGGCUCUGGUGAAUCAGUCACCAAGGUACAGUAUAUAUACUGGGGAGAAGCAAGGCAAAGGCAGACAGGAGGCACCUAAAGGGACAAAAGAAGGGAGCAGAGCAAAAGGCAGAACAUCUGUAGGUGUCAUUAUGGCUGGGCUGUAUACUUUAAUCCUAGUUUCAAUACUUUGUGCAUGGGGAAACUCUGCUCCUACAGCCAGCAAGACCCCCGUGUCAAUUACAUUUCCAGGGGAAAUACGUACAAACAUGACUAGUGUGGAGGUGGCAGAGUGGUACCUGGUGAAGUUUGGGUAUCUCCCCCUCCAGCAGGGCCCAAACCAUCAUGUCUCCUUAAAAAAAGCUCUCAGCCAAAUGCAACGUAAACUGGGACUAACGGUUACUGGAAACCUAGAUGCAGAAACAUUGGAUGCCAUGAAAAGCCCGCGCUGUGGAGUGCCAGAUAUUGGCAAUUACAACACAUUUGAGGGAGAAUUAAAGUGGGAUCACAACGAUAUCACAUAUCGUAUUCUGAACUACUCCCCUGACCUGGACCCUGAAGUGAUCGAUGAUGCCUUCGCCCGCGCAUUCAAAGUCUGGAGCGAUGUCACACCUCUGUCCUUCACUCGUAUAUACAGCGGGGAACCUGAUAUCAACAUUCUGUUUGGGACUGAGAACCAUGGUGAUCCUUACCCCUUCGAUGGGAAAGAUGGCCUCUUGGCCCAUGCAUAUCCACCAGGCCCUGGAAUGCAAGGCGAUGCUCACUUUGAUGAUGAUGAGUUCUGGACACUUGGUACUGGAAUUGUGGUAAAGACUCGGUAUGGGAAUGCAGAAGGGGCUGCGUGUCACUUCCCGUUUAUAUUUGAUGGUCAGUCUUACAACUACUGUACAAGUGAUGGACGCUCAGAUGGGCUGCCUUGGUGCAGCACAACUCCAGACUUUGAUCAGGAUAAAAAAUAUGGCUUCUGCCCCAGCGAGUUACUCUAUACAUAUGGAGGGAACAGCAAUGGGGAGCCUUGUGUCAUCCCUUUCAUCUUUGAUGGUGUGUCAUAUAAUGGAUGUACCAAGGAUGGGCGCCAAGAUGGAUACCGAUGGUGCAGCACCACUGCCAACUAUGAUCAAGACCACAAAUAUGGAUUUUGCCCUAACCGAGAUACCUCUGUGAUUGGCGGUAACUCCCAGGGAGAUCCUUGUGUCUUUCCAUUCACAUUCCUGGGGAAAAGAUACAAUUCCUGCACUAGUGAGGGGCGUAGUGAUAGGAAGUUAUGGUGUGCUACCACCUCCAGCUAUGACCAAGACAAGAAGUGGGGCUUCUGCCCUGAUAAAGGGUACAGUCUUUUUCUGGUGGCAGCCCAUGAGUUUGGCCAUGCACUUGGUCUGGAUCACAGUGAUGUGAAAGAUUCUCUCAUGUACCCCAUGUACAGCUAUGUGAAAGAUUUACAGCUUCAUGAAGAUGAUGUGCGUGGGAUCCAAUAUCUAUAUGGGUCUGGGCCACAUCCUGCUCCACCAAAACCCACCGACGAGCCAAUGUCAACCACCACCACUCCAUCCACUAGAAUCACUACUACCACCCCUUCCACCAGGACCACUACUACCACCCCAGUGACACCAUCUGUGAACCCUGCCCUAGAUGCUUGUAAAGUGAAAAUGUUUGAUGCCAUUACAGAACUAAAAGGAGCUCUGCACUUCUUCAAAGACGGGCUGUACUGGACUGUGACCUCCAGAAAUAAGAAUGCUCUACAGUCUCCUCUCAAUAUCUCAGAUACAUGGCCAGCCCUUCCCACCAAAAUUGACACAGCAUUCCAGGACCCCACCAGCAAGAUGACAUUUUUCUUCUCAGGGCGCAAGUUCUGGCAGUACACAGGAAAGAGUGUUUUAGGCCCACGCAGCAUUGAGAAGUUGGGUCUGAGUAAGGAUGUGGAGGGUAUCAUGGGAUCUUUUGCCCGUGAUAAUGGAAAGGCUCUGUUAUUCAACGGGGAGCGAUACUGGAGGCUUAAUGUAAAGACAUUGACUGUCGACAAAGGAUACCCACGACUGACAGAUGUAGACUAUGCUGGUGUUCCAAGUGACUCCCAUGAUGUUUUUCUGUACCAAGGCAAAUACCACUUCUGUCAGGAUCGAUUUUUCUGGCGCAUGACAUCACGCAAGCAAGUUGACAGAGUUGGUUAUGUGAAAUAUGAUCUCUUGCACUGCCCAGAGCAUUAAAUGGAGAGCUGAGGAAGAGUGGGAUGGUGUGUCCAUGGCAACAACCAUUACUUUUGGGGAAAGGAGCAAACGAAUUUGGUUAAUAGUUGCUAAUUGUAUCAUGGUUCCACUAUAUUUUGUACUGAUAAGGAACUGCCAUGUGGACUGAUUUCUACUGGCUCUAUUUCUAUGCACAGUCCCAAAUACUUUCACUACGCAGCAACUUCCUAAUAUAUAAGCAGACAUCCACAUGAACUGGCAUAGAUUGCCUUAGUGAAGGCUUGCUAAAUUUCUUUUUGGCCCAGCCCAUUAAAGGAGAACUAAAGCCUAACUAAAGAACUAGGUUAGAAAUGUUGUACAUUAUGUUUUGUGCUUCUGUAC